AUGGCGGCGGUCAUGGAUCUCUUUUGGCCUCAUAUCGGCUUUGGCUGGUCUCCCAGCACCUGGAUGUACCUCUUCAUUCUCCUUUGGCUUCAUCGAUACACCCGUCUGCUCGCCAACUGUGUCAGUCACUGGGUCUACAAGUCCAAGCCAAUCCCAGUCAAGCCAACCUUCACUGCCGACGACGUUACUGUCAUCAUUCCCACGAUCCACAACGUCUUUGAGGAGCUUCGUCCUUCUCUUCUCAGCAUCAUCUCCUGCAACCCCCAGGUCCUGAUGCUCGUCACCACCACUGAGAAGCAUGCUGCCCUGGAGAAGCUCGCUAGAAGCCUCCCUCAUGCCAACGUUCAAGUCUACUCUACCCCGAUCGCCAACAAGCGCCUUCAGGUUUGCGAGGCCUUGCCCAAGGUUACCACGAAGAUCACCAUCAUGGCCGACGACGAUGUCACUUGGCCUUCCACCCUGAUGCCAUGGAUCCUCGCUCCCUUCGAGGACCCCAAGAUUGGCGGCGUCGGCACUUGCCAGAGAGUUAAGCGCGUCUGGGAUGGCCCGCUGUCCACUCGUAUCUUCAACUGGCUCGGCGCUGCUUACAUCGAGAGACGAAACUUCGAGAUCUCUGCUACCCACAACAUCGACGGUGGUACUUCCUGCAUGUCUGGCAGAACCGGCGCCUACCGCUCCGAGAUCCUCUCUAGCCACGACUUCCUCGAGGGCUUUAAGACUGAGAAGUGGGGCAAGUACAUUCUCAAUGCCGACGAUGACAACUUCGUCACCCGCUGGCUUGUCAGCCAUCAGUGGAAGACCUGGAUUCAGUACGAGAAAGAGUGUGAGCUCGAGACCACCCUCGAGAACAGCACCAAGUUCCUUUACCAGUGCUCUCGAUGGGCUCGCAGCAACUGGCGCAGCAAUUGGACCAGUCUCGUCCGCGAGAGAUACGUUCUUACUCAGCAACCCUGGUGCACUUACGCUCUCCACAUUGCGACCUUCACCUCCUUGGCCUUCCUCUUCGACCCCCUCAUCAUCCUGGCUCUUUGGAAGGGCACUGCUGAGUGGGACCUGGAGAGCCGCCAACAGGCGCUCUGGGCCCAGAUCAUUUUUGUCUUCGGCUUCACCAAGGUCGUCAAGCUCAUGGGUCUCUUCCGUCGCAACCCAAGCGACAUCAUCUUCCUGCCCGUGUCCAUCCUUUUCGGCUAUGCCCAUGGCAUCAUCAAGCUCUACGCCUUGUCCACCCUGAAGAUGACUUCCUGGGGCAGCAGAGCUGACGGUGACACCAACGACGACAUCCGUCUCACGCCUCGUCCCAAGCGAGCCAUGAGCCUGACCACACCUCCCGGUGGCCAGGACCUCGUCCGCUACCGCCAUGAGCGCCAGAUGACGGAGAAGGUUGCCGACUGGCACCGCCCUGCCACUGAGUCGUGCAGACCUCAGACUGUUCGGAUGAACACAUUCCCCGCCAAGGACUUCAGGGCUCCGCACAUCACCUUCUCGCUUCUGGAGCAUCCCUCGGACUAA